AUGGAAACCACCCAAGAUGAGCCGGUGACGCCGAUGAGCCGCCUCUUCCUCCAACCAGAUUUUAACCAAACAAUCAACUGCGCAAUAGGCUUCAAACAUCCACUUGAUACACAAUCCAUAAAAGCUGAAAUCUCAAACUCUUUAAUGGUGAAACACCCUAGAUUUUCCAGCUUAUUUGUAGUAGACAAACAUGGGAGGGAAUUUUGGAGAAGAACACAAAUCAAUAUAGACGAUCAUAUAAUCAUUCAUCCCAAAACUUCAACUUUAGAUUAUAAUCUAGAUGAAAUUCAGGAGGAAAAGAUCAAUGCUAUAUUAUCAGAUAUUGCAAUUUCUUCUCCUUUGAGUAAUGAAAAACCAUUAUGGGAGAUACACUUGAUCAAUGAUUUACGAUGUGCGAUUCUUCGAAUUCAUCAUUCUUUGGGUGAUGGGAUUUCUUUGAUGUCGUUGUUUUUAGCUUCAUGUAAGAGUUGUGACGAUGAUAAUGAUGGUAAAGAUGGUGGUUUUAGUGAGAAAAACAGAGGAAACAGGGGAGAAAGUGAAACAAUGUGGAGAGAAAAUUGGUUGAUGAGAAUAUUGAAGGUUACUUGGUGGACGACAAUUUAUGUACUAGGGUUUAUUGGUAGGGGUUUAUGGGUGCGGGAUAAGAAGACUGCCGUAAGAGGCGGAGACGGGGUGGAGCUGUGGCCGCGAAUGGUGGCGACGGCUAAGUUUAACCUCCAGGAUAUGAAAACGGUAAAAACGGCCAUUCCAAAUGCGACCAUCAAUGACGUUCUCUUCGGCAUUUUAUCUUCUGGUUUUUCGAAAUAUUUGGAUAUUCGAUCAUCUCAUGCUUUACAAGAGGGUCUUCAGAUUACAGGAUUGGCCAUGGUUAAUUUGAGAAAGCAACCUGGAUUGCAGGAAAUGUCGAAGAUGAUGGAAGAUGAUGCUAGAACAUCCAUAUGGGGUAAUAAAUUUGGAAUGAUGAUCUUGCCUAUUUAUUGUCAUACAAAAGAUGCGGAUCCUCUAAAUUAUGUAAAGAGAGCUAAGUUGAUGAUUGAUCGGAAGAAACAGUCCUUAGAGGCUGAUUUAGGGAACUUGGCAAUGUGCCUCCUUGGGCCAAAGGUUGCCAACAUGCUUAAUCACAGGAUUCUUUGCAAUACAACCUUCACGAUCUCAAACAUGGUCGGUCCACAAAAGGAAAUGACAUUUGUUGGCAAUCCCAUCACGUUUAUAAGAGCAACCUCUUGUGGAUUGCCUCAUGCGGUAAUUAUGCACAUGGUAAGCUACGCAGGAAUGGCUAAUAUGCAGAUUCAAGUAGCAAAAGAUAUUAUACCUGAUCCUCUAUUUUUAGCUAAGUGUUUUGAAGACGCCUUGCUUGAAAUGAAGAAUGCUUCAUUGAAUCUUGUCCCCUAA